AUGGAUGAGCUGGAAGAAGAAUGGGCGCGUCGUGAAGAAGAGCGAAGCAACUUGCUGAAGUCAGCACAGGAAGAAUACCAGCGACUCGAGCAAACGCUUCGGAAAUCGUUAGCUGACUUAGAAACGCGAGAACGCCGACUGACCGUCGCCGAAGCAGCUCUGCAGCGAGAGCAGGAGGCGAAACGCGAUGAGAACGAGUCUCUGCAGCGGCGUCUUAAAAGUGAGCAAAGCCACACCUUAUCGUUGGCGAAGAAACAGACAGAAGCGUACGAGCGACGGAUAUCUCUGCUCGAGUCCCAACUAAGUGAUGCUGAGAGGCGAGCCAAGCAAGUGGAGACAGACUUUGCUGAAUACCGUCAGCAGCAGCGGAAACUCCCCGAGUCUCGCCUGAGAGAAGAGAUCGCGGCGCUGAAAGGUAGCGUGGCUGAGCUGGAAAAACAGAAAAUGGUCAAGGAGCGCGAGUGCGAGGUUGCCCAGGCAAACGUGCAGAAAAUGAAGGCGCAACUGGAACACGUAUCCAGCUUGCUAGCUCAAGAGAAAAAGAAGCACGAAGCACGAGUUGUCGAUGAACUGGAGAAGCUUCGUGUCAAGUACAUCGCCCGCGAGGAGAAAUACGUACUGGACGGUGAUCGAGACGAGUUACGUGCCAUCAAACAGCAGCUGGACGAGCUCAAAGGGUUCAAUCUGCGG